AUGUUACAGAUUACUGAUCAGAUUGUCUUUUCUGUUUCUCUCUGUCCAGCAGAGUGGAAGGGAUGCAUGCAAUAUGCCACUGCUAAAAGACAGAGAUGGGGGAAAGGCAUUUCUCUUGGAUUGUUGAGUUUUUCUAUCACUCUCUUCCCCUUUUCACUGUCUUCCCACUCUCAUUUCUUCACUAUUCUUCUCUUUCAUUUCUCCUCUCUCUUUGCUCUCUUCACUAUUCUUCUCUUUCAUUUCUCCUUUCUAUCUCUCUCUCUCUCUGUUUUUUAUCACCCUCAUUUCUCCUUUUUCUUUUCUCCUAUCAUUCUCAUUUUUCUUUCUCUCUCCCCUUUUCUUCUUUCUCUCUCUCCCUUUUCUUCUUUCUCUCUCUCCCUUUUCUUCUUUCUCUCUCUCCCUUUUCUUCUUUCUCUCUCUCCCCUUUUCUUCUUUCUCUCUCUCCCCUUUCCUUCAUUCUCUCUCUCCACUUUCCUUCAUUCUCUCUCUCCCCUUCAUUCUUCUCCACUUUCCUUCUCUCUCUCUCCCACUUUCCUUCUUUCUCUCUCUCCCUUUCCUUCUUUUUCUCUCUCUCCCACUUUCCUUCUUUCUCUCUCUCCACUUUCCUUCUUUCUCUCUCUCCACUUUCCUUCUUUCUCUCUCUCUUUCCUUUCCUUCUUUCUCUCUCUCCACUUUCCUUCUUUCUCUCUCUCCACUUUCCUUCUUUCUCUCUCUCCACUUUCCUUCUUUCUCUCUCUCCACUUUCCUUCUUUCUCUCUCUCCACUUUCCUUCUUUCUCUCUCUCCACUUUCCUUCUUUCUCUCUCUCCACUUUCCUUCUUUCUCUCUCUCCACUUUUCUUCUCUCAUUCCUAUCACUCUCAUUUUUCACUCUCACUAAUAUGUCUCUUUCAUUUCAUCUCAGUCACUCUCUCUCUCUCCAAUUUUCUCAUCUUCUCCCCAAAAUAGCUUUUCUUUUCUCUCUCUCUCUCUUUGACAAUUCUCUCAGUUCUUUUUCUUUAAUACUUUUUAUUCUCACUUUCUCUCUCUCUCUCUCUCUCUGCAUCAUGGAUGGUGGAAUAGAAUUGCCAACAAAUUUGAUUUUCCCACCUUCAUUCCUUCCUUUUUUUUUUCUUCAAUUUCUCUUUAUUUUACUCACUUUUUCUCUCUUUUUUCUUCCUUCUUCUCAUCUUAUUUCUAACCAUUACCUCCCCACCACCACACCACCAACUGACCUUUUUUAUUUUUCUUUCUUUCUUCCACUUUUUCUAAUUCGAUACUAUAAUCCUUUAUCCUCUCUCUUUGUGCCUCCCCCUCUCCCUCUCUUUGUGCCUCCCCCCUCUCCCUCUCUUUGUGCCUCCCCUCUCCUCUCUUUGUGCCUCCCCUCUCCCUCUCUUGUGCCUCCCCCUCUCUCUCUCUCUUUUGUGCCUCCCCCCUCUCUCUCUCUCUUUGUGCCUCCCCUCUCUCUCUCUCUUUCCCCCCCCCUCUCUCUCUCUUUGUGCCUCUCUCUCCCUCUUCUUGGUACACUUGCCUUUUUUGUUUUCAUCUGA